AUGGAUAAGGCAGUUACGGACGAUAACAACGGAGGGGUGAGCGAUACGGACGCUCAGAAUCACCUGGAGGUCGUGUUCUAUCCCGACUCCAAUCACCGUCGCAAGUCCUCCCUUGUUACGAUGGACAAGCCGAGAGUCCAACCUCACCCAUCAUCCCAUGAUGACCAGUUGACCGCCUGCUACGUCCAUUCCCUCAUUGCGAGCGAGUGGACCUCACCUCAACACCACCUGAAGCCCACAGGAGACACAGAUGUGAUACGGACAUUGGAUGAGGAUGAGACUAAACCCGUGGCAAAUACCAAAGGCAUCCAACCAGAUGAAUUGGUCUCGGUGGUCGACGAUAGCAACAAACCGCUACCCACAGUCAUUGAAUCCCGGCAUCUUACGAAGAGACAGCUCUCGGAUAUGGCCUGGAAUGUGCGCAAGCUAUCCAAGAAGCUGGGAAGCAUCAAGCUCAAGCUCACCGUGAAGAAUAUCUUCAUUGUAAGCAAGGCGCAGGACGAGUCGCUGGUAAGCCUGACCCGAAAGGUUACAAGGUGGCUACUCUCCAAGGACCGGGACUAUAAGUACGUGGUCUACGUCGAGCGACGGCUCGAGGCGCAUGCGGAUUUCGGUGCGUUGCAACUGAUACAAGACGAGCCCUCCGCCGAGGGCCGGCUCAAGUACUGGGAUACCAGGAUUGCGCAAGAACAACCGCAUUUAUUCGAUUUUGUGAUCACGCUCGGCGGAGACGGAACCGUUCUCUACACGAGCUGGCUGUUCCAGCGCAUAGUGCCGCCCGUACUCUCCUUUGCGCUGGGCUCACUGGGAUUCUUGACCAAUUUCGACUUUGCGGAUUACCAGAAUAGCCUCGAUAAUGCUUUCCGGGAUGGCGUUUUCGUCAGUCUACGGUUACGGUUCGAAUGCACCAUCAUGCGCAGCAAAGCGCGGAUAAGAGAUCCGCAGGCGCACUCUCUACCGGAGCGUGACCUAGUAGAGGAACUGAUCGGAGAGGAAGGGGAGGACACAUUAACGCACACCCCAGAUCAUGUCUAUGAGAUUCUCAACGAUGUAGUCCUCGACCGGGGGCCAAACCCAACCAUGUCUCAAAUCGAACUCUUCGGGGACGACGAGCAUUUCACCACCCUCCUUGCUGACGGAAUUUGCAUUGCUACCCCAACCGGAUCGACUGCUUACAAUCUUGCCGCUGGCGGCUCUCUUUCGCACCCCGAGAACCCCGUCAUCCUUGUCACCGCCAUCUGCGCCCACACGCUAUCCUUCCGACCGAUUAUUCUACCAGACACCAUUGUCUUGCGCAUGGGUGUGCCGUACGAUGCGCGCACGAGCUCAUGGGCUAGCUUUGAUGGACGAGAGAGAGUCGAGUUACAUCCUGGUGACUAUGUUACCGUGUCAGCCUCGAGAUAUCCCUUUGCCAAUGUAUUGCCUCCUGGUGGACAGGGUGAAGGCUGGGUGCACAGCAUUUCCAAGACUUUGAAUUGGAAUUCGCGACAAAAGCAGAAGAGCUUCAAGUAG